GAGAAAGUCUGUUCCUUCUGGCGCGGACAUAAGAUGCACUGGAUGAGAGGUGGAAAUCCUUUAUCGCUUUCAGCUUGAUCAUGGGUAUGAAAUUCAGAGCUUCCUCUGGUGUGUGCUUCUUAAAGUGUCUCAUCCCGUGAAACGCAGAGAGCGUGGCUUUGGUUAUGCUCGCCACACUUUGCCAAGUGCCCACGGUGUCUUCUCUGUGCCUGUGAAAAGGAACCAUGGCUCUCCUGGUCGUCCCGCUUCUCCUGCAAACAGGGCUCGUUCUGGGAUCAAACUACGGUUAUGUGGAGUGGUCUGAUAAUGACAGGGACGAUAAGAACCCACCGGUCUUCAGCACCCAAAACAUCAACAGGGAGCCGCCCCAUCACCCGACCUACUACUCGGUACCAUCCACCGAGCGCACGGUGGUGGCGCACAAAAUUGAAGAGGACCUGCCGAGGGUAGUGACCGCUUUCCUGCACACCGGGGACUCCUCGGCGCUGAGGCAGGUCAACUGUUCGCGGAGGUACGAGCUGAGUAGCCUGCGAGGCGGCCUGCACGUCGCCUCCCACUAUUCCCUGCACAGCAUCCUGGACACCGUAGCGCACGCCACAAACUUCCUGAACAUGAUCCUGCAGGCCAACAGGUCCCGGGAGCAAACCCUGCGCAGGGACAUCCACUGGUACCACGCGCUGGUGCAGAGCAUCCUCGAGGGGGACCCCAAAAUCCACAGGGCGGUGGUGACCUUCCACGCGGACGCGCCGACGCCGGGGCCCCACGUUUUCCUCCAGGCGACGAGAACCGAGAAAGAGGUGGUGCUGCAGGACCUGUCCAGCUCUGCGCACCGUCACCUGAGGAGCAGGAGCCCGGAGUCCGACUGGUUUAAUGAGUUUAGGGACGGGAGGAGACCACACUUGCACAGGAGAGUCCCGGAGGCAUCGGGCGCCAAGCGUGGAAGUUACCUUCUGGACAAAAACCAGAUCAAGUGGUCGGCACCUUACCUGGAGUGUGAACACGGGGCGUUUGUGCCCUAUUGGCUGCUCACCUUGUCUGCUGGUUUCUAUGGACUGAAGAACAACUCUGCACCGGAGUUCAGGGGUGUUGUUCGUGUGGAUGUGAACCUGCAGGAUGUGGACAUUGACCAGUGCUCCAACAGUGGCUGGUUUGCUGGGACUCACCGCUGUAAUCUCACCAGUAUGGAAUGCACUCCCAUCGUUGGCCAUGGAUUUGUGUUGGACAAGUACAAGUGCCAGUGCAGGAGAGGAUUCUACCAUCAGCGCCGAGUGGCGCUCAAUGGCUUUAAAAGUAAGGAGCAGGGCUCUCACAGAGACGAGUCCUCUGACGUGUCAAGCAAGUGCCUGCCGUGCCGCGAGGGUUGCCCCUACUGCCGGGACGACACGCCCUGUCUGGUGCAGGAGGACGGCGCUCUGCGGCUCGCUGUGGCCUCCUUCCAGGGUCUGUGUAUGGUGCUGGACCUGGCCAGCAUGGUGGUGGUCUACCACUUCAGGAGGAACAAGAGCAUCCGCACAUCUGGUCUCAUUCUGCUGGAAGCCAUCUUGUUUGGGGCUUUACUGCUCUACUUCCCAGUGAUGAUCCUGUACUUCCACCCCAGUGUGUUUCGAUGUAUCCUCCUGAGGUGGGUUCGCCUCCUGGGUUUCGGCAUCAUGUACGGCACCAUCGUCCUCAAACUGUACAGGGUGUUAAAGGUGUUCCUGUCCCGCACGGCCCAGAGGACGCCUUACAUGACCAGCUGGCGCGUUGUGCGGCUGCUGGCAGUAAUUCUGCUGGUGGUGCUAUGGUUCCUGGUGGCCUGGACAUCUGCCGUGUGCCAGAACCCUGAGCUGAGUCGGGCCCUGAUCACUGCAGGCCUCACCCCAGAGGGACUACAGUUCAGCAUGUGUCUCUUGGACCGAUGGGACUACAUGAUGGCUGUCGCGGAGUUCCUGUUCCUGCUGUGGGGCGUGUACCUCUGCUAUGCUGUCCGCACCGUACCCUCGGCCUUCCAUGAGCCACGUUACAUGGCUGUGGCCAUCUACAAUGAGCUCCUCAUAUCGGCCAUCUUCCACAUCAUCAGGUUCUCCCUGGUGCCGGGACUACACCCUGACUGGAUGCUCAUGUUGUUCUUUGCUCACACUCAUCUGACUGUGACUGUGACUCUGGGUCUGCUGCUUGUUCCAAAGUUUCUGUCCAAAGGGACCCAGGCCAGAGAUGAUAUUGCCACAGAGGCUUACGAGGAGGAGCUGGACAUGGGAAGAUCUGGCUCUUAUCUCAACAACAGCAUCACCUCAGCCUGGAGCGAGCACAGCCUGGACCCUGAGGAUAUCCGGGAUGAGUUGAAAAAGCUGUAUGCCCAACUGGAAGUCUACAAGUGUAAGAAGAUGCUUGCCAAUAACCCUCAUCUCCAAAAGAAGCGCAACUCCAAGAAAGGCUUGGGCCGCUCCCUGAUGAAACGAAUAACAGAGAUCCCAGAGACGAUGCACAUACACCGCCAGUGUAGUCGUGAGGACGGCAGCGAACACGGCAGCAACCGCAGCACCUUGAAGAGAAACCCAUUUGAACCUAGUCAUCACGGCAAACCUCGGGAUGACUCCCUGAAGAACAAAGUCAUCGGCCUGAAGAAGUCACUCAGCUAUGACCACGUUUGUGACCAGGAAGAGGAAACUGGAAGCCAAACUGGCUCGACUGGAGGAGACACAAUGACUCCCGUUGGAGGCAGCGGAGAUGGAUCACUUCUGGGUUCCCUCAUCGGCCGGAGACAUGCCAAGAAGCAGCUAGAACCAGCUGCAACCCCACCAAGGCUGGAACCAGCUGAGUCCACCGAGUCUGUUCCACUGUUCUGGAAAUCAGCCAGCGCUCACAACUUAACCCAUGAGAAGAAACCAGUUCACCUGCGGACCUCUAUCAUGCAGAAGUCUCUGAGUGUGAUCGCCAGUGCCAAGGAGAAGAUGCCAGGAAUUACCAACAAGACGCAAAGCGUGGAGGACGCCAGUAAGAAGGGUCUGAAGGGACAGGAAGGGAGGAUGCUGUCUGAGGUGGAUGAGACACCUGAGCACUAUCCAAAAAUGAUCAUCAGCCAGUCAGUGGAGUACUCCAAGACACCAAUGAAGAUGGGCAUCAUGAAACAACAGGUGAGUGGUAGCCAGCCGUCCAUUUGCUCUGAGAUUGGGAAGAACCUUUAUGACGUGUCCGAGGUUUGCCCCUGGGAACUGGAAGAACCUCAGACGCCCUCUGAAGCAAAAACCCAGAAACAUGUUUCCAUCGCUCCUGGAGAAACCACCAGCGGCCGGAGAGGCAGCAGCAGCUCUGGAAUCACCAAAGGCAGCCGGUCCCAGCAGAGGCAGAAAACAGGACAGUCCCCUUCCAACAGGCGCCGCUCCAAAGAUAAAGGAGAAAGAGAGGAAGUCAGGGAAACUCGGAAAUCUCGGCCACCCAGGUCACCUCUGCCUCUCAAGCCGGAUGUGUGCCCUUGGGAAUUUGAUGAGCAACCCAUGCUGGGAGGAGAUUCAGAUUCCAUCUCCCCAGACAGGAUCAGGCGUAAAAAAAGCGUCACACCCACUGAUGGGAAACCCAAAGGGCUCCACUCAGAUCACUCCAAGUCCACAGGGAGCCUUUUACAGCCUCCAUCACUGAUGGUAGAGAUCUGCCCAUGGGACUACACCAGCCCACCUUCACCGAAACAGGAGAAGACCUGCAACAGCCCCACCACACACAAGAAGAAACGGAAAGGCUCCUGCUCAUCCAACCACAAAGCAGAGAAAGAGAAAGGGAGGGAGAAAAGCAGAGAAAGGCGGAGCUCCUCCAGCAAGCCGCCAUCAGAGAGGAGACGAGUUAGCCAGUCUUCGGAGUGCAGCGGGCUGGUUUCUGAGCGGCGGAGGAGCUCCACCAGAGACCCAGAGGUGAUGGAGAACAGGAGGGCGGAGGUUUUCUCCCAGGAGAUCGAGCCCUCACACACCAGCUUUGCUCAGAAAACUAAACCCUCACCAGAGCGGAAGAGAGAGAGUAGUAGCUACAAACCUGCAGUCAUCAGUGGGGCAAAAAUGGCUGAUGUCUGCCCCUGGGACUUUGAGGGGCAAGACUCUGGUGAGAGGGCAUGAUGACUGCUGCAGUGAUUGUAAUUUUUUUUGUACUCACAGACUGACAGCACAGAGGACAAAGGAAAGAAAAUGAAAGAUCCCACAUUGCAUUUGAUUUGAAAGUUUUUCUCUGAGUCACCUUAGUGUAAAAGAUUUUGCAAGGACAAGAAUAUUUAUCCUUCAAUGCAUCGAUUCAAUCCAAACAUAAACAUUUGCUAAAUAGCAAACUUCUUCUUGUUACAUUGCAGUGAAUGCAACCUUGAAGUCACUUUAAAGGAAUAUUUUCAUCUGCACUUUUGCUUGCCCAUUUGUCAGUUACAACAUUUGUAUGUUUUAUUGCACAUGAUCAUCAAGGUGAUUUGUAAAUGAAUCAUAUUUACCAGCAGAUCAGACAAUCAUUUGUCCACAAAGACAGUAAAUGCUUCACCUCAUGAGUGAAUAGUGGCGUAUGUUUCCCCGGUUACGCUGACGAUAUUCUCCGAUAGGCAGUAAGCCAGAGGAGGCUUAAUGUAUUGGGUGCUGAUGACAAAAACCAACAGAGGGGAAAAAGACCUAAGGAAAAAUAGCAUGUUAGCUUAGAGAAGCAGGACCAAAGCCCCAGACACAGCUGUGAUGCCUUACCUUUAGGCCAAAUCCAUAAUUCAUGGCACGAAGAUGAUCUGUUUGAUUA